UUCAUUCAGAGGGGUAACGCUACUUAUCGUUAACUAACUAGAUCAAGCUGGCUACAUAAUUCAAGGAAAGCUCGUUGCAGACUGCUACGUAUUUGAAAAGGAGAAUCCCCCAAAACCCCAAAUAUCAACAUGUCAAAACAAGGCUUGAUACGGGUUGCAGCAUGACGAAAUACAUUGAAAGGUUGGAGGAGAUAAAGAAAAGUAAGUUUUGUUCGGUGGAUCAGUUUUGUAAUGCUUUCCUCUCCGCAAAUACAGUUUCCAGUGCGAUUUUGUUUGAUAUUAAGGUGAUGCAAUUAAUGUCAUAGCCAUUAGUUCCUACUGGCAUUUCAGCAGGUACUUUAUUUUGUUUUUGUCUUUUAAGCAUGGCAAAUAAGAGAAACUCUGUCCUACUGAUAUUGUCUGGCCUGAUAACCUGGGUUUUUCCAAAACAAUGGGCACUUUGUUUGCAGCAACCCUCAUUCCCUGGUUUGACUGAACAAGCAGAGGAUACUGAUUGUACUGUAGUUUACAAUCAUUCCUCUGUCAGGUCUGAGGCAAUGUAAUUCUGUGCAGCAGCAUCAGUGUUUGCUCGUGAACAGGAUAGAUGGUGAGGUUGGCCUUUGGAAUGCCGGCCAGUGUUAAAAGGAGACGUGCGCCGUAUGUCUGUUAGUGCUUAAGUGGUAGCUGUGCUAAACUAAGUCAGGUUGCAGCUAUUUAUUUUGGUCAGUAUGGAGACAGAUAAUAGAUGGUUGAAUCUGUGUGAUAUAUUGGUUGAUGAGAUUGAUGUCAAGAAAGUUGAUGCCUAGUGAGGGUGAGCGCUUUCAUGUGCUCUGUGGAAUACAUGCAUAAAAUGAUACUACCAUGCUUUUUAGCCUGUCAUCUUGAAGUAUAGGUGCCUUGGUCCUUGUAGUAGUGAGGACACUUUCUUUUUUUUUUUCCUUUGUACUAUUAAUGUACUUUCUCUCAGAUUACAGAUAUAGAAAAGAUGAGCUUUUUAAAAGGCUCAAAGUGACUACAUUUGCUCAACUGGUAAUACAAGUUGCUUCAGUAUCAGAGCUGAAUGAGAGCAUAAUGGAUGAAAUGCCUAGACUUGAAGAUGAUAUUUCUGAGUCUCCAGAAAUGGAACCUCUCUCAGAUCAGACCAAUGGCUCUCCCCAGCCCUCGCCUCAACCUUUAAAAUCUGUGGACAGCAACGAGCCAGGCGACGCUGCGUUUUCCCCCAGGUCCACACUUCAAAGUGUGAUCAGUGGCGUGGGAGAGCUGGACUUGGAUAAGAACGGACAGAAGACAGAAAGGCCGACUCCAGUGUGCCCCCCUGGGACUGCAGGACACCCAUACCAGGACUGCCCCUACCUGCUGCUGGACGUCCGGGACAGAGACCUGUAUGAUCAGUGCCAUAUCAUCAGUGCACACAGUUAUCCAGUUGCAACACUAUCCAGAACAAUGAAUCCUUAUACCAAGGAGGUGCUCCAUUAUAAAAAUGCCUUGGGAAAGAUCAUCAUCUUGUAUGACCAGGAUGAGAGGAUAGCCAGCCAGGCUGCUACCACCAUGUGCGAAAGGGGCUUUGAGAAUCUCUUCAUGCUCUCUGGAGGCCUAAAGGUGAUAGCACAGAAGUUUCCAGAAGGAAUGACGACAGGCUCUUUUCCCAUCUCCUGUCUGCCCUCUCCAACGGGGCCUUCAGGUCAAAAGCAUUCCACGUCACAGCAGACACUACAACCAGCAGAAAGAAAAUGGCGUUUCACCGCUGAAGACCUUGGCAAGAUCCAGCAUUACCUGGAAGAGGUGCUCAUACCUAGUGAGACCGGCAGUCGUCUGAGCAGCAGAAUGUCCACAGGCCGUGCCCUCUCUAAAGCUUCCAGUGCCCACCGUAGUAGACGUGGCUCAGACAGUGCUAGGUCUCAGAGCAGUCGGCCCUGGAAAUAAUCCCCACCAUUGUCUUUAUCUUCAACACUGCAACCCAAAUAAAGCCCCUAUAGUGUGGUAACCCAGGAUUCCUGUAAACAUUAGGAUGGGCAUCUAGCCUUUACGUACUACUGGUCUUUAUGCUAUUUUCUGUGAACUUGCUGUAGGAAUGAUUUCAGUCAUCACAUAGUGAAACUUUUUAGUGGAUAGUUGUAUUUUAAAUAUUGACAGGCUUUUUUUCCUGUAAACAAUGCUGUGAGUAUAUCCUCACUCAGAUGGGGGCUUAUCUGAACUCACCAGGGGUAUUCUACUGAGGCACUCUCAAACUAAUAUGAAAUGAGUUUAACAUUUGUCCAUAUCCUCCAUUUAAUUUCACUAAUAUUGAAUCCAGGAAAAGUAUACCGAUUUGUAUUAUGUAAGUUAUUUUAUCUUGUUGAUUGGGUGGUUAUGCCGUAUGGUUGGAAAUGGCUUUAUGGUGUUCCUUACACAUGUUAAUUAUUUUAACAGGCCUUGAUGUGGUGUGCAAUUUGAGAGCAAGUCUUGCAAGCACAUCUGUACUCCUUGUUUGUCUGGGUGGGUUUUUUUAAUGUUUUUUUUUCUUUUUUUUCUUUUUUUAUCCCAUUGUUUGACAUGGAUGUCCAUUAGGAGCUCUGUUGUAAAAGUGAAAUCAAUACCUCAUAAAUGCAUAAUGAAGAAUAGCCUUUGACUGACUGAAGCAAAAUCAAUUGGUCAAAUAUUACGCGGAGCACCUCAUUUGUUACAAAAGCAAAUAUGAAUGAUACACCAGAGAAGUUACUGAGCAUUGUUGAGUAUUGCUUUUGGAGAUUCUAAGAAGUGCAUUUACUGUAACUAUAAAUUUUUUAAGUGCACUGAAAAAUCUGUGAAGUAAUGUGUGCGUGUUUGUGUGUGUGAGCGUGUUUGUGUGUGAGUGAGUGAGUGAGAGAGAGUGCACACAUGAGUGUGUACCUGUGCGUAUCUAUCAGUAUCUGUGUGAUGAUAAACUUUCAUUUCCUUCAGUACUGACUGAUAGAUGUCAGUUAUACUAAUCUUUCACAAUGACCAAUGCUUGAAUAACCAGUGACAAGUUUAUGAAUGGAAACUACCUGGUUUAUUGAUUUGUAUAUUUAAAGGUGAAUAAAGGAACAUUUUAUAGUGUA